GAGAGGACCCAGCACUCCGUUCCCUCCAACAGCCAGGAUCUUUUACUCAGCCUGACUUAAGUACCCUCCCAACCCUCCCAAGCCAGUAUCCAAGACCAUGACCCAUGGAAGGGACCUCAGCAGCUGCAAAUUUUUCAAGCCUCCCUCCUCCGUCCCGAAGGCUAUCUCAGAUAAGGCAUCGGAAAAAGAAGACACGAGACGAGAUGUUCGCGGAAAUCAUGGAAUCCACCCGCAGUGAAAGAGCUCAUCUGAAUGAGUGGAAGGACACGGUUUCAAAGUAUAGGAAAGAAGCCAGUGAACAUGAGGACAGGAGGGACCGACGUGAGGACAUGAGGGACCAACGUGAGGACAGGAGGGACCAAUGUGAGGAGAGGAGAGAUGCUCAAGAUGAGAGGUGGCGGCAGGAAGAUCAGAGGAGGCAGGAUGCAACGCUGGGGCUGCUGCAUGAGCAAACAGACAUGCUCCGGCGUCUGGUGGAGCUUCAGGAACGGCAGCAGGAUAACAGAGUGCCGCUACUGCCCCGGUAUAACCCCCCUCCCCCCUCACCAUGUUCCAUAGCCUCCUCACCCAGACGUGUAAGAACGCGGGGGAGAGGCUCCGUACACCCUCCCAUUCCACCCCAGUGGACAGCCCAAGCAAAAGGCUGUCAUUUUUUUAACCUUUUUUAGUGGCCUUUUUGUUCCCGCCGAUCCUCCUCCCAAACCCCA